AUGCUAAGAUCUACUCAAUUGUUGAGACCUUUGGUUCAAAAAUCAUUGGUUAAACAAUCUGAAAAAAAGUUGUUCUCAACUUGUUUAACAAGAUUUCAACAACAAGUUCCAAAACCAACUGUUCCAAAACCAUCUUUUUGGAGAAGAGCUGGUAAAUUUGCUUGGAGAUCAACUUGGAUCUCUGCCUUAUUAGCUUCUUCUUAUAUUGCUUAUUCCAUUUAUGAAGAAUCAAAUCCUUCAAAACAACAACCUCAAACUCCAACUUUUGCAAAUGGUCAACCAAAAAAGACUAUUGUUAUUUUAGGUUCUGGUUGGGGUGCUGUUUCUUUAUUGAAAAAUUUAGAUACAACUGAAUAUAACGUUGUUGUCAUUUCUCCAAGAAAUUAUUUCCUUUUCACUCCAUUAUUACCAUCUGCUCCAACCGGUACUGUUGAUUCAAAAUCAAUUAUUGAACCAAUUAGAUCUAUUGCUAGAAGAUGUAAAGGUGAAGUCUUAUACUAUGAAGCUGAAGCUACAAAAGUUGAUUCCGUUAAAAAAACAGUUACUGUUAAAGGUCAAGAUAUUGCUAAAAAUGAUGUUGUUCAAGAUUUACAUUAUGAUUAUUUAGUUUGUGCAGUUGGUGCUCAACCAAAUACUUUUGGUACUCCAGGUGUUUAUGAACAUGCUUCAUUCUUAAAAGAAAUUUCAGAUUCUCAAGAAAUUAGACAUAAAGUGUUGAAUUCUAUUGAAAAAGCUUCUGCUUUACCUAAAAAUGAUCCUGAAAGAGCUAGAUUAUUAAGUUUUGUUGUUGUUGGUGGUGGUCCAACUGGUGUUGAAUUUGCUGGUGAAUUACAAGAUUUUGUUGAUCAAGAUUUAGUUAAAUGGUAUCCUGAAAUUUCUAAAGAAAUUAAAGUUUCUUUAGUUGAAGCUUUACCAAAUAUUUUGAAUAUGUUCAACAAGAAAUUAAUUAAAUAUACUGAAGAUGUGUUUUCCGAGGAAAAUAUUUCUUUAAAAUUACAAACUAUGGUUAAAAAAGUUGAUGAUAAAAAAAUUACUGCUUCAAUUAAAAAUUCUGAUGGUACAACUUCAAUUGAAGAAAUCCCAUAUGGUGUGCUAGUUUGGGCUACUGGUAAUGGAGGUCGUGAAAUCACAAAAAACAUUGCCGGUCAAUUAGAAGGUCAAACUUUUGCUAAUAGAGGGUUAAUAAUUGAUGAUUAUUUAAAAGCUGUUGGUUCAGAUUCUAUCUUUGCCGUUGGUGAUUGUGUUUUAAGUAGAAAAUUUGCUCCAACUGCUCAAGCUGCUUAUCAACAUGGUAUUUAUUUAUCAAAAUUAUUUAAAAAUUUAGCCAAAAUUGAUUCUCAUAAAUAUAAAUUAGAACAAACUCCUGAAGCUUCAGAAAAGGCCAAAAUUUUAUCAAAAAUUGAUAAAAUUUCAAAUUUUGAACCAUUCCAAUUUGUUUAUUUAGGUUCUUUAGCUUAUAUUGGUUCAGAAAGAGCUAUUGCUGAUUUAUCUUGGGGUAAUUGGUCAAAAUUAUCAUUAGGUGGUUCAUUAACUUUCUUAUUCUGGAAAUCUGCUUAUGUUGGUAUGUGUUUAAGUUUUAGAAACAGAUGUUUAGUUGUUUUAGAUUGGGUUAAAGUUAGUAUCUUUGGUAGAGAUUCAUCAAAAGAAUAA